AGAGGGGCGAAUGGGGAAGCAGUGAGCGAUGCUAUUUGCACCCGAAUCGUUGAUAUGAUGCUAUUCGAGAUUGCUCUCGCGUUAUGUCGUUGACAGCUUCCGCUGUCUCGAAACUAAGCCAUGGAACCCUUCCAAGUGCGCCUCAACUGCGUGGAUCAUUACCAAGCAACUCCGUCAGAACUCGAUCCUCCCCUGGCAUACAGGGAUGGUGCGGCGGGGAAGAAUGAUAGAUCGAAAGUCCCCGUAAUUAGAAUCUUUGGAGCCACCGAGACUGGCCAGAAGGUGUGCGUCCAUGUACAUGGCGCUUUUCCUUAUCUGUAUGUCGAGUAUGAUGGUGAUCUGGAUCCAGAGAAAGUGAGCUCCGCCAUCAGGAGUCUCCGGCUCUCAAUUGACCAGGCUUUGGCAGUAAGCUACAAUCGCAACGAAAAUGCCAAGAAAAUCCCCUUUGUCGCGCAUAUCACGCUCGUGAAAGGCGUUCCCUUCUAUGGGUAUCAUGUGGGCUAUAAAAUUUACUUUAAGAUUUAUCUCAUGAGCCCUGUUUAUACGACCAGACUUGCCGACUUGCUGCUCCAGGGGGCUAUCCUGAAACGUCCUCUACAACCAUAUGAAAGUCAUCUGCAGUUUAUCCCUCAGUGGAUGUGUGACUACAGCUUGUACGGGUGCGCUUCUAUGAAGUGUAGUAAAGUCAAAUUUCGCACCCCAACCCCGGAAUACCUUGAACUUACUGACCUGUCUCAUCGCUGGCAUGAUCGAUCAAUCCGGCCUGAGGAUCUGCUAGACGAGUCAGUCUUCCCCAAGCAAAGCCAUUGCCCAUUGGAGGUCGAUGUUUGCGUCCAAGACAUAUUAAAUCGCUCAGAAAUCAGUGAAAGAUCUAUCCACCAUGACUUCACUGAACUAUUGCAACCGAUGGCUUCUGACGAACGGCUUGUUCCAAGCAUGGCAGGUUUGUGGCAGGAUGAGACACGAAGGCGAAAGAAGCGCCUCGGACUAGAACCGGGCAGUAGCCCAUUCGAUCCCCACGAGCUAGUUUCCUUGUCCGUUAACUCAAGAGAUCACUCUAGAGGAGGCUGGAUCCACGAAGAGGAGUAUCGCCAGAUGGCCGUGCAGACUAUGGACGAGGAAAAGAACGAGAGUGGCGGAGAUCAAGUGACAUUCGAUGAUAUACUCUCGCAGAAGCCCUUCGCAAAAGAUGUAAAGACUGCGAUGCAGAGCGUUGAGGAUUUAUUUCCGGACAACAGCGAUUCUGCCAGAUAUCAAUACCAACCCGAUCAAGCAGAUGCAGCUGCGGAUACGGAAGUAAAUGUGGAUGAGACUGCCUCUUGGCCUGCUGGAUCCGAUGGAGACUCUUACUUCUCAGACGAUGAUAUUCCCGACAUAAUUUCCGGUGAAGAGAGCGGAGACGAAGCUACAAGUACAGUAGAUGGCGACCAGGACGAAGAUAUCGUUCUUUUAAUUCCCCAAAAUGGGGCCGAUACUGAUCAGGCACGCGAGCCUGUUUCUCAUAUGAGCGAUUUCAAUCACCAGACAAACUUCAUUGUCAAGCGCAACCCUGAUCCAGAUGUAAAUGCUCACCCGGAUGCUUUUGAGAGAAGUACGAUGCACAACCGCCGCGAAAUCCAAGAGCCCGGCCAUGACCGUCCGCGCAAGCGGCAAAGGUAUUUCGAUGAUACUCCAUCACAGAGGCUAGACAGACCACAGAAGUUUAUGAGGACUGGCAGUCAAGUUUACAACGCAAACUCCAAAGCCGAAGAUGCCGUCAACAACUCGGAUACACCCGCAAACGGUAUUUCUUCACAAGGGAAGUCAUCGCGAUCGGCUGUCCGUCCUAGUAGACAGGAGCAGAAUGGAAGGCUCAACUUUCCAGUUGUCAAAGAUCCCAAUGAUCCUAUGACGGUUCUACGCUUCAGUCAGGACGGUGCACCUUCCAAGGAGCUGCGGGAAUUUGAAAGCGACAUAGUGCGUUCUGAAUCUAAUGCAGGUGUCGCCAGAGGCAUUCGAGUGAACAAUAAUCCAUCACACCCGCAGUCAUCAUCUACGAGAUUAGAGCCUGAUGGUAUUCCAGACGCAGUGGUAUUGGAGAUGGCGUCAAGUAUCCGGGCGGCCUUCAAUAUGCCAACGAACGCUCGCAUCUGUUUCUUGCGAACAUCAUGUCCCGCUCCCAGUGAGGUCUCUUCAACUCCCCAUAGUUAUGAUUACCCGUCUGUUGUCUAUCAAAAAGCCUACUACAGCGAUGAAAACGACGUGCCUGAUCGUCCGAGGGACUAUGCAGGCAGGGAAUUUCGCUUAGAAGGUAAUGGUAUACACUACCUCCCGGAUUUCGAUCCGUCGGGACGUUCGAUGGCGAUGCUGGGCGAGCAAUCUACGACAAGAGACAAGGAUGACCAGGAGGCGAUCGACCAGCAACUUCGAGUGUUCUCCACGUCCAGGUUAUGGGAAUUUGCUCCUGUUCCCCCAACCCGCUCAGAGGUUGUUGAAUGGUUUGAAAAGGUUCAAGCGGAGGAGAAGUCUAAUGUCAUUCACCCUAAAGGCCGCACACAGGGGGAAGUAAGGGCGAAUGUCAUGUUGCAAAUCGAGGGCCCUACACAGAAGAAUGACUAUGGCUUCAAAUACUCACAGAAAGGAAAGUCUACCAGUGUGGAGCAUCAGGCCCAGUACAUGAGCAUCAUGGGCCUGGAAGUGCAUGUGAACACCCGCGGGGUGCUGUCACCAAAUCCAGAGGAAGACGAGAUCACAUGCGUCUUCUGGUGCCUACAGUCCGAAAAUGGCGAUCUCGAUGCCAAUGGUACAGUGCCAGGUGUCCAUGUUGGUAUGAUAUCUCAAGGAGAAGAUGACAGGCCAGAUAUCAAGAUUUCCAAGGCUUUGAGAAUUGAUUGGGAGCAUGAAACGACUGAACUUGAUUUGAUCAACCGAGUAGUAGACAUUGUCCGCUGGCAUGACCCAGAUAUCAUCACUGGCUAUGAGGUGCACAACAGCUCUUGGGGCUACCUAAUAGAGCGGGCUCGGAAGAAGUAUGACUUUGACAUCUGCGACGAACUGUCCAGAGUAAAGUCACAAUCGCAUGGAAGGUUUGGCAAGGAUGCCGACCGAUGGGGAUUCAACCACACCUCGUCUAUUCGAGUGACCGGACGACACAUGAUCAACAUUUGGCGAGCCAUGAGAAGCGAGCUGAACUUGUUGCAGUACACACAGGAAAACGUCGCGUUCCACCUACUGCACCGUCGUGUUCCACACUACUCUUCCCACGACUUGACAGAAUGGUAUCGAAGUGGAAAGCCUCGCAACAUAUUGAAAGUAGUCGAAUACUUCGUCUCGCGCGUGCAGAUGGACCUUGAAAUCCUGGAGUCAAACGAGCUGAUCCCCAGGACUAGCGAGCAAGCCCGACUGCUAGGCAUUGACUUCUUUUCAGUAUUCUCGCGUGGCUCUCAAUUCAAGGUUGAAUCCCUGAUGUUCCGCAUUGCGAAGCCGGAAAACUUCAUGCUUGUUUCUCCGAGCAGAAAACAAGUUGGCCAACAAAAUGCGCUUGAAUGUCUCCCCUUAGUCAUGGAACCUCAGAGUGACUUCUACACGAGCCCUCUAGUGGUGCUGGAUUUCCAGUCAUUGUACCCUAGUAUAAUGAUUGCAUACAACUACUGCUACUCCACCUUCCUUGGACGAGCACGUCAAUGGAGAGGCCGGAACAAGAUGGGGUUCACCGACUACCAAAGACAGCCCCGAAUCUUAGAGCUCCUCAAAGACAAGAUCAAUAUUGCGCCAAACGGCAUGAUAUACGCGAAACCGGAAGUGCGCAAAUCACUCCUUGCAAAAAUGCUCGCAGAGAUCCUCGAAACUCGAGUGAUGGUCAAGACCGGCAUGAAAAUGGACAAAGAAGACAAGGCCUUGCAGCGUCUUCUCAACAACAGACAGCUCGCCCUCAAGCUAAUUGCGAACGUCACCUACGGGUAUACCUCAGCCUCAUUCUCAGGCCGCAUGCCCUGUUCCGAAAUCGCCGACAGCAUCGUCCAAUCCGGACGCGAAACGCUCGAAAAAGCCAUCGCAUUCAUCCACUCCGUCGAACGCUGGGGAGCCGAGGUAGUCUACGGCGACACGGACAGUCUCUUCAUUUACCUCAAAGGACGCACACGAGACGAAGCCUUCACCAUCGGCGAAGAAAUCGCCAAAUCCGUCACCGAAAUCAACCCUCACCCAGUCAAACUCAAGUUCGAAAAGGUCUACCACCCAUGCGUCCUCCUAGCCAAGAAGCGCUACGUCGGCUUCAAAUACGAGCACCGGGACCAGACUGAGCCCGAGUUCGACGCCAAAGGCAUCGAAACCGUCCGACGAGACGGCACACCCGCCGAGCAGAAAAUCGAAGAAAAAGCCCUGAAACUCCUCUUCCGCACCGCCGACCUCAGUCAAGUCAAACGCUACUUCCAAUCCCAAUGCACCAAGAUCAUGCAAGGCCGCGUGUCCGUCCAAGACUUCUGCUUCGCCCGAGAAGUCCGCUUGGGAACCUACAGCGACCGUCUCCCACCACCAGGAGCCCUCAUCAGCGCCAAAAAGAUGCUCGCCGACCCCCGCUCCGAGCCCCAGUACGGGGAACGCGUCCCUUACGUCGUGGUAACCGGUGCCCCCGGCUCCCGCCUCAUCGACCGCUGCGUACCCCCCGAAACACUCCUCCACGACCCUCACCUCGACCUCGACGCAGACUACUACAUCACCAAAAACCUCAUCCCCCCUCUCGAACGAAUCUUCAACCUCGUCGGCGCCAACGUCCGCCAAUGGUACGACGAGAUGCCAAAAGUGCAGCGCGUGCGUCGCGUCGAAGGCACAAUCGCCGCUUUCGGGGGCGGUAGGAAGACUCUCGAAUCGUACAUGAAGUCGUCGACAUGUGUGAUAUGUAAGGCGCGGUUAGAGGACGCGGAUGUUCCGGUUUGCUCGGCGUGUCUGCGACAGCCGCAGCUGGGGUUGUUUGAAUUGGUUUCGCGUCAGCGGGGCGCGGAGAAGAGGGUGGCGGAUUUGCAUCGGGUUUGUCGGUCUUGUAUGGGGGUUCCGUUUGCGGAGGAGGUGAGUUGUGAUAGUAAGGAUUGUCCGGUGUUUUAUUCGCGGACGAGGGACUUGGCGAAUUGGAGACAUACGAAGGCUGUUUUGGAUCCUGUGAUUAAGUUGUUACAGGAGAAAAGCGAGAAGGAGUUAGAGUGGUAGGGCUAGGUGGUUGGUUGCUCUUGGUUAAGUUUGGGCAUGGCUUAGAUGUUGGUUUUGAAGGCGUUUUUGUUUCUUCGUGGAUCGGUACAGACAGGCACGGGGUUCUGGUAUGAGGGUUCGGAAACGUACAUGUACAACAACUUCUACUAUACUCUACGGGACUGGGUUAAGGAAAGUAC